AUGUGUGCUUCCUGGAUUAGCAAUAUGGGGCAUCUGUUGUCGCCUCUCCUCUUGAGCCUGGCAGCAGUUUUUUCCAAAGUGACUGAGAGUCGAGGGAUCCUGGAGAGCAUACAGAGGUUUUCUUUGCUGCCCACUUACCUGCCGGUGACCUACCGCAUCCACAAUGCGGAUGUUUCCUUCUUCCUUAAGGAAGCCAACCAGGAUAUUAUGAGGAACUCCAGCUUGCAGUCCCGGGUGGAAUCCUUUCUGAUCUACAAAUCCAAGAGUCCACCUGUGUUAAACGCCAGCUAUGGACCUUUUUCUAUUGAACAACCAGUGCCCCAGGACUUAAUGCUGUCUUCAAAUCCCUUUGGAUCUACUAACAAGUUCUCCUUUAACUGGAAGCUCCAGGCCUACAUCAUGAGCACCAAGAUCUACCUGAGCAAGCCCAGGGUGCAGGUGCUGUUCUACAUCGUGGGCAGGGACUGGGACGAGUACAGCCCCGCGGAGCGGCUGCCCUGCCUGCGCGUGUUCGCCUUCCGCGAGACGCGCGAGGUGCGCGGCAGCUGCCGCCUGCGGGGCGACCUGGGGCUCUGCGUGGCACAGCUGGAGCUGCUGCCCGCCUGGUUCAACCCCCCCACCGUGGUGGCUGGCCGGAAGAAACAGCUGGAGAGGUCUGAAGGGAGCCCCGUGGAGCUCUACUACUCCAUCCAAGCAGGAGAUGAGAGAGGGGAGUGCGCCAAGGAGGAUGUCAGGAAAAGCAACGGGAUCCGGUCAGGGCGCAAUGACAUCGAUGAGUCGGGACCUCCCCUGCAGAGGAUUGGAAGUGUUUUCCUUUACCAAACACACGCUGCCCCUUCUUUGACUGAAAUGAGAUUGGAUAAUAAUAUUGUGAUCCAGUAUGCACCAAAGACUGUCAAGCAAGGAGACAUUCUGACUUUCCUUGUAUCUGUUGCUAAAAACUUGACAGAAGAUCAGUUCACGCUGAGGGCCAAGGUGAAGAGAGGUGUGAACGUUCUCAGCGUGAGAGCCAGCAGCCCGUACCUGUGGGACAUCCGAGAGAGCGAGGAUUACACCGGGAAAUACGCGCCGGCUGUUGUUGUUUGCCAGAGGAGAUCUGCUGCUGAGAGCAGUGCGGAGGGUCCUUCCUCUGAAAUCAUGCAGAUUGAUUUUGAGAUUGAAGAGCUGACUGACCUGCCUGAGACCCAGCUCAUCACCUGGCAGGUGGAAUAUCCUGGAGACACCACAUCCGACCUGGGAAUCUCCAAGAUCUACGUAAGCCAGAAGGACCUGGUAGGAGUUGUCCCUUUGGCUAUGGAAGCAGAGAUCCUGAACACGGCUAUUCUCACAGGGAAAACAGUGGCUGUCCCUGUCAGGGUGGUUUCUGUGGAAGAUGAUGGGACUGUGACAGAUCUUGUGGACUCUGUGGAAUGCAGGUCAUCAGAUGAAGACGUCAUUAAGGUUUCUGACAGAUGUGACUAUGUCUUUGUCAACGGGAAGGAAAUGAAAGGCAAAGUGAACGUCGUAGUUAAUUUCACUUACCAGCAUCUGAGUGCCCCUUUAGAAAUGACAGUGUGGAUUCCUCGUCUCCCGCUGCAGAUAGAGGUCUCUGACACAGAACUAAAUCAGAUCAAGGGGUGGAGAGUCCCCAUCAUCUCUAAUAAGAGGCCAGCCAGGGACAGCGAUGACGAGGACGAGGACGAGCGGCGGGGCAGGGGCUGCACCCUGCAGUACCAGCACGCCAUGGUCAGGGUGCUGACACAGUUUGUGGCCGAGCCCCCCGAGCCCGGGGCCCAGCUCAGCUUCCUGCUGGGCUCGGACUGGCAGCUGGACAUCACCCACCUGGUCAGGGACUUCAUGCAGGUGGAGGAGCCCAGGAUCGCCCGGCUGCACGAUGGGCAGGUGCUGGUUGGGCUGGAGCUGGGCAUGACCACAAUUCAGAUCCUGUCCCCCCUUUCAGAUGCCAUCUUGGCUGAGAAGACAGUGACAGUCCUGGACGAGAAGGUGACAAUAACUGACCUGGGAGUGCAGCUGGUGACAGGACUGUCCCUCUCUCUGCAGCUCAGCCCGGGGAGCAACAGGGCCAUCUUUGCUACGGCAGUAGCACAGGAGCUGCUCCAGUCCCCAAAGCAGGAAGCAGCCAUCAGCUGCUGGAUCCAGUUCAGUGAUGGAUCUGUCAUGCCCCUGGAUAUUUAUGACUCCAAAGACUUCUCCUUGUCAGCCACCUCUCUGGAUGAGAAGGUGGUCUCCAUCCACCAUGACCCCAAAUUCAAGUGGCCUGUGAUUGCUGCUGAGACCGAGGGCCAGGGCACCCUGGUGAAGGUGGAGAUGGUGAUCAGUGAGUCGUGCCAGAAGUCCAAAAGGAAGAGCAUCCUGGCUGUUGGCAGCGGCAGCAUUAAGGUCAAGUUUGGGCAGAGUGAUGCCAACCCCAACGUCAGCGACAGCAAGCACAGGGGUGCUGGUGUCCACCUGGAAAACCACGCCAGUGACCGGCGCCAAAAAAGCACCUGGCCGGAGAGAGGGGGAGGGGAUGGGCACUACUACAGCUCCUCCAUGGGCCACGAGCAGGGCAGGGCCACCACCACCCACAGGUCUGUUCUGAGCAGGAAGGAGGACAGAGAGAGCCUCCUGGACGAUGCCAGCCAGAACCUGCCCGUGGACUUCACCAGCUUCCCCGCGCAGGUGGAUGUGCCCAGGGACGGCGGGGACGCGCAGGACAGCGACCUGGUGCAGGCAGCCCGGGGCCUCAGCGACCUGGAGAUCGGCAUGUACGCCCUGCUGGGCGUCUUCUGCCUGGCCAUCCUGGUGUUCCUCAUCAACUGCGUCACCUUUGCUUUGAAGUACAGAAACAAGCAGGCUCCCUUUGAAGAGCAGGAGGGCAUGAGCCACUCUCACGACUGGGUUGGGCUGAGCAACAGGACAGAGCUCCUGGAGAAUCACAUCAACUUCUCAUCCCAGCAGGAUGAACGAAUCACAGCCAUCGACAGAGGAGUGGACUACGAGGAGAGCAAAUACCUCCUCAACACAACUGCCACCAAAAAUAUCAAUGGACAGUCCUUCAGGUCUCCUGAGUCCACAUUCAGCGAAGGGAAGGAACAGAAAAGUGAACCAACCACUUCUCCUACCUCCAAGAGGAAACGGGUUAAAUUCACCACCUUCACCACCAUCUCCUCUGACGAUGGCUGUCCAACUGUCAACUCAAUCUUGAUGAGUAAUGAGGAUGACAUUAAAUGGGUCUGCCAGGAUAUGGACCUGGGCGAGUGCAAAGAGCUUAAGAACUACAUGGAGAGGUUACACGAAAAUGCGUAACGAGACACAAAAGACUUUUUUGGUUUGGUUUGUUCGUUUGUUUGUUUUUCACUCACCUUCUGCCUUUAAUUUUGGG